GCAUGUGCAGACCUGCUCAUUUUUAACGUGUGCAUGGCUGUCAACUGUCGAAAGUAGCCUCCCGUUGAUGUUGUCUUAAUCAGCGUAGGCUGUCUAGAACCACUGCAGAAAUGGAGGCUGCAGGAGCAGUUGACAAUCUGAAUGAGCUGGGGGCAGCAGCGGCCGAACCAAGUCUCCCAGGACCCGGGGGAGGUUCUGCAAAAUCCGUUUGGGAUUUGCUGGAAGAGGCUGCCCAAAUGAAAACAGAAGGAAAUGCUUUCUACAGGGAGAAGAAUAUCCGCUCAGCCAUCGGUCGCUAUCACCGCGCUCUACUGGUGCUCCGAAGCCUGGACUCUGAUGUGAUGGCGUCAGUGAAAGGGUUUGGACCUGAAAAACCUCCUCUCACAGCAGAUCAGGAGGCUGUACUCAGAAACACACAAGUGGACUGCUACAACAACUUAGCUGCCUGUUUGCUGCAGAGACAGAGUGUUGACCAUGGCCGUGUGCUGGAGUACAGUCUGCGGGUGCUGCAAUGGCGACCGGGAAAUGUCAAAGCACUGUACAGGGCGGGAGUGGCCACUCUGGAGAUGGGAGAUGCACAGGCAGCCAAACAGUACCUCAGCCAAGCCUGCAGAGAGCAGCCGAAUGAUGCCAAUGUGAGGAAGUAUCUGCACAAGGCAGAGGAGAGACUGAAUCAGGAGCUGCAAAAAGAGAAAGCCAUGUAUCGAGGCAUGUUCCCCUCCAGCACAAAGGACAGCUCUGGAGACGGAAUGAACCAAAACCCCAGAGCAGGCGAUGGCUUGUAGGUGAACAGCUCAGCGUGCCAAAUGAAACCUCCUCCUGAGACGGAACGUGCAACCUCAGACUGACACUCACAUUUAUUCUGAUUUGACUCUUCGCUUUUUGUGAGUCUGGGGAGAAGAAAGUAAGAAGCAUACGUGAUACAGACUGCUGGAAAUCCAUUGGUAGGACAGUAAAUAUGUUGCAGCUGAAAAUAGAAAGGCGAGGACAGAGGAGUCGGUUUCCUAGCAACAUGGAAGGAAAGAAAGUCCAGCGAUUCUCUGCUGGAGAAGGCUGAAGGGACUCUUCAUGCACUACUCAAAUGAAAACGAUUGAUUGUGGUUGUCUGUUCAAUGAUGCAAAUGUUGAUUCUUGUGAGUUUUACAGUAAAGUAUUUUUUAAAUUA